AUGAUCGAAAAGCCAACGCUCAUAUUUAUUCCCGGCUCCUGGCACAAGCCCCAAUGCUACGAAAAAGUCAUCAAACUACUUCAAGACGAGCACGGCUUUAAAUGCAUUGCCAUCACGUUACCUUCAACAGCUGGCAACCCCAAGGCCACCUUUAAAGACGAUGUCGACGCUGCUCGAAACGCAAUACUCUCCGAGACGAUAGCAGGCCAUGAUGUCGUCGUCAUCGCGCAUUCCUACGGCGGCAUGGUUGGCAACAGUUCCAUCAAAGGCCUAACACAACCUCAACCCAAUGCAACUCAAGCAAAUUCACCUAAAGGUCACGUUAUAGCACUAGUACUCAUUGCAACAGGCUUCACAAUCACCGGGUUCUCCUUCAUGGACCCUUUAUUUGGCGUACCACCUCCCUUCUGGCGCGUGAACAAAGAAACAGGUUAUGCUGAGUUGACGGCCGACAAUCGCGAGCUCUUUUACCACGAUUUGCCUCGGAAGGAGGGCGAGUACUGGGUCAACCAAUUGACGACUCAGAGCUUGAAAGCGUUGUUUGAGGGCGGGAAACAUGCAUAUGCAGGCUGGAAGGAUGCGCCGACGUGGUACAUUGGUACUGUCGAGGAUAAAGGGCUGCCAGUAGUGAUUCAGAGAUUGCAAGUCGGUGCGGCGAGAGGCCAGGGUGGAACAGUGCAUCAUGUGGAGUUGCCUACUAGUCAUUCGCCCUUCUUGAGCAUGCCGGCGGAGGUUGUGGCGAUAAUUCUACGGACUGUGGAGGAGGCUGAAGGCUCGCAAAAGCCGCGUGCGCGAGAAGGUGCAAAUCUUAAGAUGAUCGAGAUUCCGGCAGUGAAGAUCCUGGUGCCGGGGACAUGGUUCCGCUUCGGCUUUCCCCUGGCUAUUGGGCGGGUGCUGGGCUGGGGUUUCUGGUCUUAUCAAGGCUUAAAGGGGCUUUUCACCUAG